AUUUGGGACUAGCACUGUUUACGGUCACUCACCUAUAUAUACUGUUCGUAGCCUCACUCAACACAAAAUUAAUAAAAUUACAUAUUUCAACAUCAACAACGAGCAGAAGCGCGAGCGUUUGGAGUAGGCGCUUGCCCACAACCCUGAUAAAUACGAGUAUGGAGAUAGUAAAGGAUUUGAUUUUACUGAGGUUGUGUUUACUGACAAGACUCCAGCUCGCAUUGGUGAGGAGCGCGGCAUGCAGAGGGUAUGGUGUAGGGAUGGCGAGCAGUACGAUGAAGGAGUUAAAAAGGAUUGCAACCACCACACUUGUUGCCUACAAUUCUACAGAGCCUUUUAUUAUAACUAUAAGGGCCCUUGCUAUACCUACUUUAAAGAGACAGCAGCACAAAAACAGUUAGCAGAGGAGGCGUUAGUGAAGGAGAAUGCAUAGCGCAAGCACGACGACAACACACUCUAGGGCAACAUGCGCAAGGCACUUGCAGUAAUGCAAGAGAGCGAUGUUAAUCACUAUUACAACACUAGAAAGAAGCAAUAUGUACCCUCUUAGCAUGACUAUAAGCGUAGGGGGCGUGAUAAUAGGGGUGUUGAUGGGUACAGGCAUCGCGAGGGUGCACUCAAGAGCAUUACCCCAUAGAUCAAUUCACUCAAAAGGAAGGGAUUACGCUGUGUACUACUACAGGAUAGGGCUCCAGCUCACAAAUCACGAAUAGCCCGCGAUUACUGUACUGUAGAGCGCAUAGAGCGCAUGUGGUGGCCCAGCCACUUACCCGACGUUAAUGCAUCUGAGCAUGCCUGG